UUUGUCAAUAUCAUGUACAGUGUACUUGGUUCAAACAUUUGAAUUGAGAACGGCAGUUAUUUUUAUUGUACAGUUUCGCUUAUAAAACAACAUAUUAAAUUAAAACAAAACAAGGCUUUCAACAUGAGUGCUUCUCUUCAUAUAGAAAUUGUUCAAGUGAGGCAAAGCCGUGCCUCUAAGGAUUAUAUUAAAGACUUGGUACGUGACUAUUUAAUAAAGUCGAUGCCCAUGCUAACUCCUGGUGCCACAAUAAAUAGUACUGCGUUUGAAGAUAAUCUAGAGCUGAAAGAACACGUGCAGUGCAUUACUUUUUGCGAUGCAGAACACGAAGCAGAUGUAUCUCCGCGUGACGCUGAUCUUGUAUUUCAUGUGUAUAUGCUCGAUCAGUAUGGCGUGGAAACAGACACUAUGACUGAUGAUACCUCGGGUGAAGAAGUGUCUGCUGCUGAUGUAUGGUCGCUACCCGCGGCGGAGUUCCACGGCUUGUGGGAGAGUCUCGUAUACGACACACGGCUCAAGGAGGAUACUCUGCGCUACGUAAAGACAGCGCUCGAGUUAACAGAUCGUGGUGUGAAUCCUCUGGUGGUGGGUUGGAGCCGGGUCGUGCUACUACACGGGCCGCCUGGCACAGGCAAGACCAGUCUCUGCCGCGCAUUAGCUCAAAAAUUGGCAAUCCGUCUUGGCGAACGAUUUUCAAGGGCUCGGCUUUUAGAGAUUAACGCGCAUGGACUUUUUUCGAAAUGGUUCUCAGAAAGUGGAAAACUCGUGGCUAAGCUCUUUGAACGUGUACGUGAGAUCGCGUCUGACCCACGGAUGUUGUGUAUAGUUCUUGUGGAUGAGGUGGAAUCGUUAGCGCACGCUCGGCGCGCGGCCAUGGCCGGUCUCGAGCCUUCAGACGCUCUUCGCGCCGUUAACGCUCUGCUUACUCAGUUGGACCGGUUGCGACGUCUUCCCAACGCUCUCGUGCUCGCCACAUCCAACCUGACGACGGCAGUAGAUGUAGCUUUCGUUGAUCGCGCAGACCUGAAGCGCCGGGUUGGGCCGCCGGCGGCGCGCGCAGCAUACGAGAUUCUACGCGGAUGCUGUGAGGAGCUGAUGGCGCGUGGAGUAGUGGCACCGCGUGACCUGCUUUUUGGGCACCGAGUUUUGCAGGGUUCAGGCUGGGCUGAUUCUCAACACGCGAGGCCAAGUCUUACCCUAUGGGAGGUGGCGCAAGCAGCAUCGCAGGCGUUGUUGUCGGGACGGGCACUGCGGCGGCUGCCAUUCCUGGCCCUGGCAUUGCACGCGCCACAAUCUAGCUGCGAGUCUUUAAACCUACUUGCAUUCCUAAAAGCUAUGACUGCAGCAUUACAACGACACUUGGAAGAUGAAGCAGCUCUAACAGCUGAUGAACCUUUAACCAAGCCAGCUCAAUCUUCUACAGGGACUAUAGUUAAUGGACACUAGAAUUGUGUAGAUUUUUUAAUGUAUAUUUCUGUAAUUUCACAAAAUGAUAAUAAUUGAAGUUGGUGACAGUAACAUAUAAAUUUAAUUGCCUGUUUAUGUUAAUGGCCAAAUUCCUGUAUUUUAAAUGAGGAGUGUCUUUUCAAAAGGGCUUAUUUCCACUUUCAACUUUUUUUUUAACUAUGAAUGUAGUUUUGCUAAAAGUAGAGAAAUACAUAUAUACUUUGAGUUUCAAGUUCUAAUAAGUCUUCUUGUCCUCAAAAAAACUAAUUCAAAAAUCAAAGUCCGGAUCAAAAGGCCUUAUUUCUCUCUUAUAAUAUGAGAAACAAAUAGGCCUUUUAAUAAGUGUGUAUUAUAUAUUAUUUUUUAUCUACAUUGAAUCAGAACUUUUUGUAGGACUCUAAAAUUUGAAGCUGGCUAUAAAAAAACCAGAUAAAGAAAAAAACAAAUGCAUUGGAUACCUUUUGUCAAUGUCGUUGGAAUAAUUUCCCGAUAGUGAAUAAUUAAUUUUAUUAUGGCACCUAAGGUUUAUUUCUCACAAGGCCGCAACAAAAUGGCUUAAUUCCAAAAGUUCGCAUCAAAAGGACUUAACUCUGAAAAAGAUAUGUUAAUUAACAUAAUUAAGUAGGUAGAUGAAGCUAUGUAUGUAGUGCCAUAACAUUUAUAGCAAAUUAAUUUAAUAUAAUAUCGAGAAAAAAGCAAUUUUUUCGAAAUGGAAACCGUGGAUUUAUGUUUUUCCCAAUUUCCCAAAAAAAGUUCAAAGUGGAAAUAAGCCCUUUUGAAAAGACACUCCUCAAAUGUGUUAUUCUCUUUACAGAUUUAAUUCCAGUGCCUUAUUACAGGAUUUAGUUAGUUUUUAGAUUGUAAGAAUAAAUGUGAAUUUUUCUCUUUUAAACUGUGAUAAUUUCCACAAUUCCUUAUGUGGAUGUUAUUUAAGAAUUAAAUAAGUAAUGAAUUUUA